AUGUACGCUUAUAUUACUGAAUUUGCAGCCAAUAUUAACAUUAAAUGCCAAAUUUCCCUUGAUACCAGUCAACCAAACAUAGUCGAAACUCUGUUGAUAGUAUUGUUUUCAAUGCUAUCAUCAAUACUUUGUGCCAAGUCAAACGGUACCAGAUAUUACGGGAGUGAAUGGGGACUCUUACAAAGAAAGGCUCCAAAAGAUAAGAAUAAACGUUCCGUAUCCGCACACAUCAAGAGUUUUGUGAAGUUUACUACAAAGAAAAAUCGAUCAAUUAAAGAUAUUAAAGAACAUAAAGGUUCAAUAGAACACUGUUGA